CUGAAGGGUGUGCAAGAACAGUGAGAUUUAUAUUACUGAAUGUAUUGUUAACAAUUUGUUAUUUUGCAGACUUGCUCUCAGUUUUUAUUCUUGGCAGGUGAUUCUUCAUGAUAAUUUUUUGUAGAGGAACAUUUUUGAACUCAGAUUUAUGACAAGGACACAAGCAAAUUUAUAGCAUCCGUUGUGAUGAUACAAGGGAAGUAAGCAUAGAUGCGCUCAACGUGAUGAUAGAUGGGAGAGCUCGGCCUAUACUGCCAACUGAUCUGCAGCGGUGCAGAAGGAGAUUUCAAAAGCAGGGCAAGCGAGAGCGACUGUUCUAUUGAUGGUCAAAGGGAGGGCAUGGCAAGAGAGAUUGAGGGAGCUCUACUACCUCGAUCUUGGCAUAGAACCUGAUGGCAUCAUGCCCAGGAAACUUCCUUCUUCAGUAUGUAUGGGGAUUUAUAUGACACCAAAAGAGAAGUCCGGCGUGUUUCUUGGUUCUAUGGAACCCCUCGACCGGAAGCAAAUAGAUCACAUCGCAAGUUGCUUGCCCAAUAUAAUCGUGCCGCAAGUUACCAGCAUCGCGUGCUUAUACACCAUCGACUUUGCUGGAAAUCUAUCUGUCCGUGCUCCACCGUCUGUCGGAACUUCUUCUGCCCAUGCUACACCUGAGCUCAACACUGCAUCGCCCGGUUCGUUUGCUUGCUUCCUUUGCUUGGCUCAGGAAGGAGAAGGCCAGGACUAGCGACAAGAACCUAAG